CAAAAUUAAUAUGUCUGCUUUUGUGCAUGAUCCUUGUGACUAAUGCACUUCGUAUAAAGAGUGCGGAUAGAAAUCUUUCUCGGAUGCAGACGUCUGCUAGUGGGAGUAGACUGCAAAGUACCUUGCAUGGGGGAAUUCCAUCCCGCUUGCAACAGGAUGGCAAUACUGAAGAACCUGAGGAAGAGAAUGCAGACGAACUCGCUGCUGAAAUCUUUGCUGAUGAGGAAGAACCAACUGAACAACAAGAUAUUAUUCAGAGCGAUAUCGAAGCACAACAAGAACAGGCUGAAGAGCAAGAAGAAGCUGAGGAGAACUCUGCAGAAGCAGCUGAAAUUUCAAGUGAAGUCGCUGAAGCUGAUGCUGAAGUAGAGGACGCUGAUAAUUCAGCUCAAGCUGCUCUCAACUUGGCUCAAGAAUCUGGAAAUGAAGACGCUAUUAAUGCCGCCAAUGAUGCUCAAGAUGAUGUUGAAGCUGCAGAAGAAGCAGAACAGAAUGCUGAAGAAUUAGCUGAAAUUGCAUCUCAAACAGGAGAUGCUGAUGAUUUGGAAGCUGCUGAAGAAGCUCAAGAUGAUGCAGAUGAAGCUGCUGAGGCUGCUACCGAAUCUGCAGAAGAAGCUCAAGAACAAGCUGAAGAGGCUGUUGAAGAAGCUGCUGAAGAGGCAGAGGAAGAAGCUGAAGAAGAAGCUGAAGAAGAGCAACAAGAGGAAACUGAUGAAGCUAAUCAAGAAGUUAGCGAAUCCCAAGAUGAGCUGGCAGAAGUUCAAGGAGAAGAAGAAAGUGCUCAAGAAGAAGUAGCUGCCUCUGAAGAGGCAAUUGAUGAGGCUGAAGAUGAUGUACAAGAGAAUGAGGAAGCUUUGGAAGAUGCUGAAGAUCAACUACAACAAGCUGAAAAUGAAGGAGAUCAAGAAUCUAUUGAAAAUGCUCAAGAUGCUAUUGAUCAAGCUGAAGACAAUUUGGAAGAAACAGUUGAUAAUCUCAAUGAAGCAGAAGAGAAUGUUGAAGAAGCUCAAACUGAAUUAGAUGAGGUUGAAGAAGAUGUUGAAGUACAAGAAGCUGGAGCAGAUUCUGCUGAGGAGGUUUUGGAUGAUGUUGAAGGUGGAGAAGAUAUAGCAACUGCUGAAGCCGAAGUCGAAGCAGAAGUCGAAGCCGAAGCCGAAGCUGAUGCUGGAGAAGAGACUGCUCCAUCAGAAGAUGAUGAAAUUAACGAAAUAAUCGCUGAAGCUGAAGAAGCACAAGAAGAAGCUGAAGCUGCUUCUACAGAAGCUGACGCUGAAACUCAAGAAAUGAUUGAGGAAGCUGAAGCAGAAACUGAGGAAGCUGAAAAUGAAGCUGAGGCAGCUGAAGACCAAGCUGAAGCUGAAGAAGAAAUUCAAGAGGAUAUUGAAGAAGCUGAGGCAGAUGUUGCUGAAGCUGAGGAUAAUGCUGCCGAGGCUGAAGAUGCCAUAGAUGCUGCUGAAGAGGCUGCUGAUAACGCAGAAGCUGAAGUUACCGAAGAUCAAGCAGCAGUUGAGGAAGCUGAAGAAGUUCUUGAGGAAGCUACUGCUGAAGGAGAUGAAGAGGCUAUUGAGGAUGCCCAAGAUGCUGUUGAAGAAGCAACUGAUGAGCUUGGAGACUCAACCGAAGAUCUCGCUGAUGCUCAAGAAGAAGAAGCUGAUGCUCAAGCAGAUCUUGACGAAGCUGAGGCUGAAGUUAAUGAAGAACAAACUGAACUAGACAUUGAAGAACAAACUGAAGAAGCUAUUGAAGAUGGAGUAGCUCCAGAAGAAGCUGAAGAGCAAGCUGAAGAAGCUUUGGCUGAUGAUGGAGUUGAAGAAGUCGAAGAUGGUGAAGAGCCAGUCCCAGCUGAAGAAGUAAUUAUACCAGAAGAUGACGGAGUUGAAGAAGUCGUAGGUGGAGAAGAACCUACUCCAGUUGAAGAGGCUCCAGUUGAAGAUGACAAUAUUGAAGAGGUUACUCCUGAAGAAGUUGCCUCAGAGGAAGCUGCUCCAGUAGUUCUCCCAGAAGCUGCUUCUGAUGCUGCUCAAGAAGCUGUUCCAGUGGUUGUCCCAGGAGUUGCUCCAGUCGCCCCUGAAGCUGCCCCUGAAGCUGCCCCGGAAGCUGCCCCGGAAGCUGCCCCGGAAGCUGCCCCGGAAGCUGUCCCGGAAGCUGCCCCGGAAGCUGCCCCGGAAGCUGCCCCAGAAGCUGCCCCAGAAGAACUUCCAGAAACUGACGACAACACAGAUGUUAAUGAAGUUACAGAUGACAACGAAGUUGUUGUUGAAAUUCCAACUGAAGGAUCUCCAUUUACCACCCAAGAAGAAUUCGACGAUCUUGAAAGUCAAUUUGAAGGAAUGGAUGACCGUGUUGGCAGUCUCGAGGACCAAAUGGCUGAAAUGGAUAUGUCUAGUGCUAGUGAGACUCAAGACUCUAUUGAAGACUUAGAACAAGAACUUGACGCUGUCGAAGCCCAAGUUGAUGAAACCAAUGAUGUAAUGAAUGAUGUUGCCACUCAACAAGAAGAAAUCGAAGAAGCUCAAGCUGAAGUUCAAGAAACUCAAUCUGAAAUUGAGGAAACCCAAGAAGAAGUUGUUGAAGACCAACAAGAAAUUAAUGAAGGUCAGAAUGAAGUUCAAGAUGCUCAAGAAGAAAUUGAGGAAACUCAAGAUGAUGUUGCUGAAGACCAAGCUGAGGUUGAAGUUACUGCUGAAGAAGUUCAAGGAGAAGCUGCUGACGUUGAUGCUUCUGUUGAAGAUGCUGAAGCCGCAGCUGAAGAUGCUAGUGAAUCAAUAGAUGAAGCUGAAGAUGCUGCUGAUGAAGCUGUAGAAGAAGUUGAUGAGGCUGCUGAUGUAGCUGAAGAAGAAGUCAAUGAGGAGACUGAAGAAGCAGUUGAAGAAACACCUGAAGAAGAGCCAGAAACCAUAGAUAAUUUGGCUCCAGUUAAUGAAGAUGGAAAUCCAAUUCUUGAUGCAGAUACCCUAGAAGAUAACUUAGAGGAAGUAGAAAAUGUCGAAGAUGCCAUAAAUGAACAGAUUGCUCAAUUAUCAGGAGCUCCAUUGGAUAAUGCAGUUGCUGAUGCUGCUGCUGCUCCAGUCGAUGCUGCUGCCACUCCAGUUGAUGCUGCUGCCGCUCCAGUUGAUGCUGCUGCCGCUCCAGUUGAUGCUGCUGCCGCUCCAGUUGCUCCAGCCGAUGCUACAGUUGACGCUCAAGCAAAUGCCUCAGUUGAAGCACCAGUCAAUGUUGCUGUUAAUGGUCCAGCUAUCGCUGCUGCAAAUGCUGCUCCAAAUGCUGUUGUCAACGGUGCUGCAUCAGAAGAAAUUCCAGUCUCUGAAUAAGCAGAUUAAAUUUGGGCCUGUUUCCAAAUUAGAAUUGACUAAUUUUAAUAAAACCAAUAUUAAAU